AUGCCAGCCCACGACGCGCUCCCAGCCCACAUGGACAUCGCCAAACUCAAGGCAAACCCUGAGAAUGCAUACCGACUGGACCACAGAUUCUCUGCUUGGGCGAACAAGAGAUCCGGCUUCCCUGUGAUCGACAUUCGUGCCGAUCGCGCAAAGUGGGUCCGCGAUUGGGACAAAGGCAUCGGCAAGAUCGCGUCGUCGGCACAGACCGUCUUCCGCGAGACCGCGCUGACCCACAACAUCAUGCAGAUACACCUUGGGAUCAAACAGCCCGACAUUGACUGGCUGAGCCGCAUUCAGACGAUAAACGCGGCGAACCACACCUUGUACUCGGAGAGCGUCCGAGACACGUGGCGAAACCCAAGGCUCCUUCAGAUCUCGUACAGCCCGAGAGACUGGUUCUCGCUCAUCGAUGCCGAGAAGCGGUUCCAGAUAGUAUGUGACGCGCUUGAGAAGGUGUGUUGGAACACGAUCUUGGGUCAGGACGCGCGCAUGCUCUGUCCUGAGAUCACUGGAACCGCACUGCUCAAGCAACGAGGGGAGGGACUCUUUGGGUUUAUUGAUCACUAUAUCGACAUCACCUUCUCUAUCGAAGAAGCCCAAAGAGACUCGUUAACUCACAACGCUUGGUGGAUCAGCGCUGCACAGCUCGAGAGCAACUCGCCAAUCUCCCAUGAGACCGCAGCUCAUCUCUACAAGUUCUACACCGAGGUCCGGAGGGAUUUCUUCAAUCGAUUUCUGACCCUCAUUACGAGGAACAUUACCGAGGGAUGGGAAGCCGAUAUGGACAGCAAUCUCACGUCAGCGCCUCUAAUCAUGCUGAACACCGAUCGUGAAGGACGGCGUGACAUCGCGUCCGCGAGAAAGAUGCACAAGAGCAAGGAUACGCAGAUUUGCGAGCAUUGCGAGCGUAGUCAGGAGGAAGCGGGACACAGCGUUCGCUUCCUCAUUUGCGCUGUGUGCAAGCGUAAGCUCAACUUUGCGUGCUACUAUUGUUCCAAAGAAUGUCAGAAAGCCGACUGGCGUCAGCACAAGGUCCACUGUGGAAAAGAGAAAGUCUCUAAAAGUCGAGACCAAGGCCGGCCCGAGUACAAGCGCUCGAUGGCGCUGCUUCUGCAGCUCGAGAUGCAAAACGCCCACAAGGAUGCGGACUACCUCCUUUUCCAACGUAACGCUGAGGGCGGGGCCAUGUUUUCUGCCUCUCCUUUCAAAGUGGCAUUUCAACACGACGAAGAGAUGCGGUCACUCUUUAGGGAGAAACGAGCUCUCGCUGCAAUCGACGCCGAUCGCUCCGGACUAGACGUCCUUGCCAAAUGUCUCGUAGAUGCACACAAGGACGAGGAGAUUGAGUCUCGCAUUGAGCGAGAGGAUAUCAUUAAGCAGCUUGAGGAAGAGUACGAGGUCGACGUGAGGGCCCGACUAGAGGCGCUGGAGGAGAAGCUCGAAAUUGAAGGCGACGAACCUCGGUACUCGGGAAUGUGUAUCUUCGACGGAUUUCUUCCGAAGGUCAUUAGUAAGUGGUUUAUGGGGAAGUUGCAGACGAGGAUAAAGCAGCUGGAGGAAGUGGAUGAGGACCCAGAAUUCGUCGGCCCGCUCCUCCAGUAUCUCCAGGGAAUGGCGCGCAACCUCGAGCCUAUCCCGCCUCGCACCUAGCUCUGCUUGCUGCAUUUUACUAACCAGCAUAUAUAUGCGCUUACCAACACGGUGUCACACUUUUUUACGCUUUACUUGCUCCCACACGUCCCCUGCACACUAAACUUACGAUACAAUUGAGAGGCUGCACUCCAGAGGACAGAACCCAAAUGACAAUUUUGAGUAGAA